AUGCAGAUUUCGAUCAAGACAGUAAAGGGUAAGAGCAUAAACCUAGAGGUUGCAGAUAGCUCAGACACGAUCGACCUCAAGAUCAAUGGAGAGCCGACACGUCAAUUGGUACUGCGUCUCGGUCCGGCUGUACUCAUGCGGAUUUUUGUAUCGACUAUAAAGGAGAAAACAUUUAUCCUGGAGGUGAAGGGGUCCGAUACCAUUAAAAAACUCAAGUCCAUGAUCCAUGAUCAGGGAGGCCCACCAGUGGAUCAGCAGGAUCUAAACCAUCUUGGCACGAAGCUCAAGAACAAUGCCACCAUAUCUGACUACAACAUCAAGCCCGACGCGAACCUUGUCAUUAUGCAGAAUGGUUGUAUCUGCUGAUUUUUUUUUGUUUUUUCUAAAAUAAAGCUACUUAUCUGUUCUAAAAACAUGGUGG